CCAGGCCUCUUAUGUAAGGAGCUGAAGGGGAAAUAAAAUAUACAGGAUGAAAAUAUGGCAACGUUGCCACCCCCAGGACCUCAGAGCUUCGUCCACUUCACAAAACAGUCCCUUGCCCUCAUUGAACAACGCAUUGCUGAAGAAAAAGCAAAGGAACCCAAAGAAGAAAAGAAAGAUGAGGAGGAGGAUGGCCCAAAGCCAAGCAGUGACUUGGAAGCCGGCAAGCAGCUGCCCUUCAUUUAUGGAGACAUUCCGCCUGGCAUGGUGUCAGAGCCCCUGGAGGACCUGGACCCAUACUAUGCAGACAAAAAGACUUUUAUAGUAUUGAACAAAGGGAAAGCAAUCUUCCGUUUCAAUGCAGCACCUGCUUUAUACAUACUGUCUCCUUUCAGUUGUCUGAGAAGAAUAUCUAUUAAGAUUUUAGUACACUCCUUAUUCAGCAUGCUUAUCAUGUGCACUAUUCUGACAAACUGCAUAUUUAUGACCAUGAGUAGCCCUCCAGAAUGGACCAAAAAUGUAGAGUACACUUUUACUGGAAUAUAUACUUUUGAAUCACUUGUAAAAAUCCUUGCAAGAGGCUUCUGUGUAGGAGAAUUCACUUUCCUUCGCGACCCAUGGAACUGGCUGGAUUUUAUUGUCAUUAUUUUUGCGUAUUUAACAGAAUUUGUAAACCUAGGCAAUGUUUCAGCUCUUCGAACUUUCAGAGUAUUGAGAGCUUUGAAAACUAUUUCUGUAAUCCCAGGCCUGAAGACCAUUGUAGGGGCCCUGAUCCAGUCUGUGAAGAAGCUGUCAGAUGUCAUGAUCUUGACUGUGUUCUGCCUCAGCGUGUUUGCUUUAAUUGGGCUGCAACUGUUCAUGGGCAACCUGAAGCAUAAAUGUUUCCGGGAUGAACUUGAAAAUAAUGAAACAUUAGAAAGCAUAAUGAAUACAUAUGAGAAUGAAGAAGACUUGAAAAAAUAUUUUUAUUACUUGGAGGGAUCCAAAGAUGCUCUCCUUUGUGGUUUCAGCACAGAUUCAGGUCAGUGUCCAGAGGGAUACUCCUGUGUGAAGGCUGGCAGAAACCCUGAUUAUGGCUACACAAGCUUUGACACUUUCAGCUGGGCCUUCUUAGCCUUAUUUCGGCUAAUGACCCAGGAUUACUGGGAAAACCUUUACCAACAGACACUGCGUGCUGCUGGCAAAACCUACAUGAUCUUCUUUGUUGUGGUGAUUUUCCUGGGCUCCUUUUAUCUAAUAAACUUGAUCCUGGCUGUAGUUGCCAUGGCCUAUGAAGAACAGAACCAAGCAAACAUCGAAGAAGCAAAACAAAAAGAGCUAGAAUUUCAACAGAUGUUGGAUCACCUCAAAAAAGAGCAAGAAGAAGCUGAGGCAAUAGCAGUGGCAGCAGCUGAAUAUACAAGUAUCGGGCGAAGCAGAAUUAUGGGCCUCUCAGAGAGUUCGUCUGAAACAUCCAGACUGAGCUCGAAAAGUGCUAAAGAAAGAAGAAACAGAAGAAGGAAAAAGAAUCAGAAGAAGCUCUCCAGUGGGGAGGAAAAAGGAGAUGAUGAGAAGCUGUCCAAAUCAGGAUCAGAGGAGAGCAUCAGAAGGAAAAGUGUCCACCUUGGUGUGGAAGGUCAUAGACGGACACAUGAGAAGAGAUUGUCCACCCCUAAUCAGUCACCACUCAGCAUCCGUGGCUCCUUGUUUUCUGGAAGGCGCAGCAGCAGAACAAGUCUUUUCAGUUUCAAGGGCCGAGGAAAAGAUAUAGGAUCUGAGACUGAAUUUGCUGAUGAUGAGCACAGCAUUUUUGGAGACAAUGAGAGCAGACGGGGCUCCCUGUUCGUGCCCCACAGGCCUCAGGAGCGACGCAGCAGUAACAUCAGCCAAGCCAGUAGGUCCCCCCCACGGCUGCCGGUGAACGGGAUGAAGCACAGUGCCGUGGACUGCAAUGGUGUGGUUUCCCUGGUUGAUGGACCCUCAGCCCUCAUGCUCCCCAAUGGACAGCUUCUGCCAGAGGGAACAACUAUUCAAAUACACAAAAAAAGACGUUCCAGUUCUUAUUUCCUUUCAGAGGAUAUGCUAAAUGAUCCCCAUCUAAGACAAAGAGCAAUGAGCAGAGCAAGCAUAUUGACCAACACUGUAGAAGAACUUGAAGAGUCCAGACAGAAAUGUCCACCUUGGUGGUACAGAUUUGCACACACAUUUUUGAUCUGGAAUUGCUCUCCCUAUUGGAUAAAAUUCAAAAAGUUUAUCUAUUUCAUUGUAAUGGAUCCUUUUGUAGAUCUUACAAUUACCAUUUGCAUAGUUUUAAACACAUUAUUUAUGGCUAUGGAGCACCACCCAAUGACUGAAGAAUUCAAACAUGUGCUCAUUGUAGGAAAUUUGGUCUUCACUGGAAUUUUUGCAGCUGAAAUGGUUUUAAAACUAAUUGCCAUGGAUCCAUAUGAAUACUUCCAAGUAGGCUGGAAUAUUUUUGACAGCCUCAUUGUGACUUUAAGUUUAGUAGAACUUUUUCUAUCAGAUGUGGAAGGAUUAUCAGUUCUGCGAUCAUUCAGACUGCUCCGUGUCUUCAAGUUGGCAAAAUCCUGGCCCACACUGAAUAUGCUAAUAAAGAUCAUUGGCAAUUCCGUGGGGGCGCUGGGAAACCUCACCUUGGUGUUGGCCAUCAUUGUCUUCAUUUUUGCUGUGGUUGGCAUGCAGCUCUUUGGUAAGAGCUACAAAGAAUGUGUUUGCAAGAUCAAUGAAGACUGCACACUCCCACGCUGGCAUAUGAAUGACUUCUUCCACUCCUUCCUGAUUGUGUUCCGCGUGCUGUGUGGAGAGUGGAUAGAGACCAUGUGGGACUGUAUGGAGGUUGCUGGUCAAGCCAUGUGCCUUAUUGUUUACAUGAUGGUCAUGGUGAUUGGAAACCUAGUGGUUCUGAACUUAUUUCUGGCUUUAUUGCUGAGUUCAUUUAGUUCUGACAAUCUCACGGCAAUUGAGGAAGACACCGAUGCAAACAACCUCCAGAUUGCUGUGGCCAGAAUCAAAAAGGGAAUAAAUUAUGUGAAACAGACCUUGCGUGAACUCAUUUUAAAAACAUUUUCCAAAAAGCCAAAAAUGUCCAGGGAGAUAAGACGAGCAGAAGAUCUAAAUGGCAAAAAACACAACUAUAUCUCAAACCGUACACUUGCUGAAAUGAAUAAAGAUCACCCCUUCCUCAAGGGAAAAGAUAAAACCAGCGGGUUUGGAAGCAGUGUGGACAGAAGCUUGAUGGAAGGAAGUGAUUGUCAAUCGUUUAUUCAUAAUCCCAGCCUCACAGUGACAGUGCCAAUUGCACCUGGAGAAUCUGAUUUGGAAAAUAUGAAUACUGAGGAACUUAGCAGUGAUUCAGACAGUGACUACAGCAAAGAGAGAUUAAGCCGAUUGAGUUCCUCUGAGUGCAGCACAGUUGAUAACCCUCUGCCAGGAGAAGGAGAGGAAGCCGAGGCUGAACCUGUGAAUUCAGAUGAGCCAGAAGCCUGUUUUACAGAUGGUUGUAUACGGAGAUUUCCAUGCUGCCAAGUUAACAUAGAAUCAGGGAAAGGAAAAAUCUGGUGGAACAUCAGGAAAACCUGCUAUCGGAUAGUUGAACACAGUUGGUUUGAAAGCUUCAUUGUUCUCAUGAUCCUCCUCAGCAGUGGAGCUCUUGCUUUUGAAGAUAUAUAUAUUGAAAAGAAAAAGACCAUUAAGAUUAUUCUGGAGUAUGCUGACAAGAUAUUCACCUACAUCUUCAUUCUGGAAAUGCUUCUAAAAUGGGUGGCAUAUGGUUAUAAGACAUAUUUCACCAAUGCCUGGUGUUGGCUGGAUUUCUUAAUUGUUGAUGUUUCUUUGGUCACUUUAGUUGCAAACACUCUUGGCUACUCAGACCUUGGCCCCAUUAAAUCUCUUCGGACGCUGAGAGCUUUAAGACCUCUAAGAGCCUUAUCUAGGUUUGAAGGAAUGAGGGUGGUUGUGAAUGCACUCAUCGGAGCAAUCCCUUCCAUCAUGAAUGUGCUUCUUGUGUGCCUAAUCUUCUGGCUGAUAUUUAGCAUCAUGGGAGUAAACUUGUUUGCUGGCAAGUUCUACGAGUGUGUUAACACCACAGAUGGAAAACGGUUUCCUCAAAAUCAAGUUGAAAAUCGUUCUGAGUGUUUUGCCCUGAUGAAUGGGAGCACAAACGUGCGAUGGAAAAACCUGAAAGUGAACUUUGACAACGUUGGGCUUGGGUAUCUGUCUCUGCUUCAAGUUGCCACAUUUAAGGGAUGGAUGGACAUCAUGUAUGCAGCAGUUGAUUCUGUUGAUGUAAACAAGCAGCCGAAAUAUGAAUACAAUCUCUACAUGUAUAUGUAUUUUGUCAUCUUUAUCAUCUUUGGAUCAUUCUUCACUUUGAACUUGUUCAUUGGUGUCAUCAUAGAUAAUUUCAACCAACAGAAAAAGAAGCUUGGAGGUCAAGACAUCUUUAUGACAGAAGAACAGAAGAAAUACUAUAAUGCAAUGAAAAAGCUGGGGUCCAAAAAACCACAAAAGCCAAUUCCUAGACCAGGGAACAAAUUCCAAGGAUGUAUAUUUGACCUCGUAACAAACCAAGUUUUUGAUAUUACUAUCAUGGUUCUGAUCUGCCUCAACAUGGUAACCAUGAUGGUAGAGAAAGAGGGACAAAGUGACUACAUGACUUAUGUUUUAUAUUGGAUAAAUGUGGUUUUUAUUAUCCUAUUCACUGGAGAAUGUGUGCUCAAGCUGAUCUCCCUCAGACAUUACUACUUCACUGUAGGAUGGAACAUUUUUGAUUUUGUGGUUGUAAUCCUCUCCAUUGUAGGUAUGUUUCUUGCUAAGCUGAUAGAAAAAUAUUUUGUGUCCCCAACCCUGUUCCGAGUGAUCCGUCUUGCCAGGAUUGGCCGAAUCCUACGUCUGAUCAAAGGGGCUAAGGGGAUUCGCACACUGCUCUUUGCUUUGAUGAUGUCCCUUCCUGCCUUGUUUAACAUCGGCCUCUUGCUCUUCCUGGUCAUGUUCAUCUACGCCAUCUUUGGAAUGUCCAACUUUGCCUAUGUUAAGAAAGAAGCUGGAAUUAAUGACAUGUUCAAUUUUGAGACCUUUGGCAACAGCAUGAUCUGCCUGUUCCAAAUCACCACCUCUGCUGGCUGGGAUGGAUUGCUGGCACCUAUUCUCAAUAAUGGCCCACCUGACUGUGACCCAAAAAAAGUUCAUCCAGGAAGUUCAGUUGAAGGAGACUGUGGGAACCCUUCUGUUGGGAUUUUCUAUUUUGUCAGUUACAUCAUCAUAUCCUUUCUGGUCGUGGUGAACAUGUACAUCGCUGUCAUCCUGGAGAACUUCAGUGUUGCUACUGAAGAAAGUGCAGAGCCCCUGAGUGAGGAUGACUUUGAGAUGUUCUAUGAGGUUUGGGAGAAGUUUGAUCCCGAUGCAACCCAGUUCAUAGAAUAUAGCAAACUCUCUGAUUUUGCAGCUGCCCUGGAUCCUCCUCUUCUUAUAGCAAAACCAAACAAAGUCCAGCUCAUUGCUAUGGACCUGCCAAUGGUCAGUGGUGACCGGAUUCACUGUCUUGACAUUUUAUUUGCUUUUACAAAGCGUGUUUUGGGUGAAAGUGGAGAGAUGGAUUCUCUUCGUUCACAGAUGGAAGAAAGGUUCAUGUCUGCAAAUCCUUCUAAAGUAUCCUAUGAACCCAUCACAACUACACUAAAACGAAAACAAGAGGAUGUAUCUGCUGCUAUCAUUCAGCGCGCUUACAGACGUUACCGCUUGCGGCAAAAUGUCAAAAAUAUAUCAAGCAUAUAUAUAAAAGAUGGAGACAAAGAUGAUGAUUUGCCCAAUAAAGAAGAUAUAGUUUUUGAUAAUGUUAAUGAGAACUCCACUCCAGAAAAAACAGAUGCAACCCCAUCCACUGUCUCCCCACCUUCAUAUGAUAGUGUAACAAAGCCGGAUAAAGAGAAAUAUGAAACAGACAACACAGAAAAGGAAGACAAAGGAAAAGAUGGCAAAGAAAGUAAAAAAUAGAGCUUCAUUUUGACGUAUUGUUUACAGCCUGCAAAGGUGAUUUAUUUGUGUCAAUAAGACUCUUUUAAGGAGGUGUAUGCCAAACUCUUUUUAUUGAAACAUUCUAGAAGACAGUCCAGUAACAAGCUCUGAUUCUCUAAGACAGGUGGGCAGCCUUAGCAGAUGGCUAUUUUUGCAUUGAUAAAUGAUUCUGCAAGAAUUGUAUGAGUAACUCUGGAGGGAUUCAUCAUUACAGCAAACAAAGGUGAUUUGAUAUUUUUAACAAAUCAGAAGACCGUGUAGAAAAUUUUCAUAUCUGCCUACUUCUCACUAGCUCGUACUUA